AGUCAAACCCCCUCCCCAAACCUCCCAGAUUCCGAUCGCCGGGAUCCUCUCAGGCGAGAAUUCCGGCCUCCGAAACCAAUCCCACCAUUCGUUUUCCGUCAAUCCCGCCGGAAAAUAUGAAGGCUAUCGUCAUCACAAGCCCCGGCGGUCCGGAAGUCCUCCAGAUUGAAGAGGUUGAAAACCCUAGAAUCGGAGACGGUGAUGUCCUGAUAAAGGUCGAGGCCACCGCGUUGAACCGGGCCGAUGCCGAGCAGCGAAAGGGAUCGUAUCCGAUUGUGAAGGGAGCGAGCCCAUAUCCAGGCCUCGAGUGCUCUGGAACCGUUGAAUCCGUCGGAAAAGACGUCAGCCGAUGGAAGAUCGGCGAUCAGGUGUGUGCUCUUCUUAGUGGAGGAGGGUAUGCAGAAAAGGUAGCUGUUCCAGCUGGACAAGUUCUUCCAAUUCCACCAGGUGUUUCUCUGAAAGAUGCUGCGAGCUUUCCUGAAGUGGCUUGUACAGUGUGGUCGACAGUUUUUAUGAUAAGCAGGCUAUCCACAGGAGAAACCUUCCUGAUUCAUGGGGGAUCGAGCGGAAUAGGCACAUUUGCAAUUCAGUUUGCCAAACACCAAGGAGCGCGGGUAUUUGUCACAGCAGGAAGUGAAGAAAAACUAGCCUUUUGCAAGGAUCUUGGUGCUGAUGUCUGCAUCAAUUAUAAGACCGAAGACUUUGUUGCGCGGGUGAAGGAAGAAACAGGAGGGAAAGGUGUGGAUGUCAUAUUAGACAAUGUUGGUGGCCCUUACUUCCAACAAAACCUCAGCAGCUUAAAUGUUGAUGGAAGGCUUUUCAUCAUCGGCUUCUUGGGUGGUGUGGCUACAGAAGUAAACCUCUCAUGUUUGCUUCUAAGGCGUCUUACGGUGCAAGCCGGGGGAUUGAGGAGUAGAAGCCUUGAAAACAAAGCGGUGAUUGUCAGCGAGGUGGAGAAGAACGUGUGGCCCGCCAUUGCAGCAGGCAAGGUGAAGCCUGUGGUGUACAAGUCUUUUCCAUUGGCUAAAGCAGCAGAGGCCCAUGGGCUAAUGGAAAGUAGCAAGCAUAUAGGCAAGAUACUGCUCAUUCCAUGAUCUGAAAAGAAUAUCAGAGGUACCCCAAUAACCUUGGCAUGGUUUUCUACCUGUUCAUAAGCAUUUUAGCUUCAUUUGCAAAAUCUCAAAUGAAGACUUCUGCAACAAUAUUUGAGAUGGAAUACAAUUAAUCAGAAAUACUAUAGUGAACAGGGGGAGAGUAUAGAGAGUGCAAGUGAUGUAUGUAUUUUUCAUGUUUUUGGGUGUGUGCUUUUGUGGAGUAUGUUUUUGUAUUUCUAGCAUUAUAAUAACAGGUGUGUGAGGGAUUGUGGCCCUAACACACAAAACUCUUUUUUCUUCAAAA